CGACAUUAAAAAAAAAAAAAAAGAGAAAAGGAAAACAUAAUCCACCUUCCGAGCACACUCACAAAAACGGACUAUCUAAUAUCUAUACGCAGAGAAGAAUCAGUUGAGUGUGUUUUGGAAAACCAGAAAUACAUGGGCUAAAGUUUGGGAUUCUAUUCAAACUAAGUAAUUGUGGGUUUUUAGUUUUUUUUUUCUCAUUUUUUUCAUUUCAAUUGAGAAAAUCUGGCAAAUUUAGGCGGAUUGAAUUUAAGGCCUCGGUUGCCAUUCAAACAAUCCAAUUAUCCAGAGGACCAAGACGAAGAGGAGUGUAGGCCUUGGCGAAAAAGGCUUUCUUUAUCAAUAAUGGCGUUCAAAUUCAGCUGGGUUUCUUUCUUCAAAAUUACCCUUUUUUUGAUCCUUGUUGCUGCUAUUGCCACGGCUUGUUACACUCUCCCCAUUGAAAAGAUGCUGAAGAACUUUUUAGUAUGGGUAGAGCAGGAUCUUGGUCCUUGGGGUCCUUUUGUUUUGGCGGUUGCGUAUAUCCCCCUGACAAUUCUGGCAGUUCCAGCUUCAAUACUCACACUAGGUGGUGGUUAUCUUUUUGGCUUGCCUGUGGGUUUCAUCGCUGAUUCCCUUGGUGCUUCAAUUGGUGCUGGUGCAGCAUUUCUUCUUGGCAGAACUAUUGGGAGGUCAUUUGUUAUUUCCAAAUUAAAAGACUAUCCACAGUUCCAAGCAGUUGCAAUUGCUAUUCGGAGAUCUGGCUUUAAGAUUGUGCUGCUCCUACGACUUGUUCCUUUACUUCCAUUUAACAUGUUAAACUACCUACUGUCCGUCACUCCAGUACCCUUUGGCGAAUAUGUGCUGGCUUCAUGGUUGGGAAUGAUGCCAAUAACUCUAGCUCUGGUAUAUGUUGGAACAACGUUGAAGGAUCUUUCUGAUGUAACUCAUGGAUGGAGUGAAUUCUCGAAAACUCGUUGGGCAUUUAUUGCAUUGGGCCUUGUAGUGUCUGUCAUUCUAAUAUUCUGUGUAACGAGAGUUGCAAAGAGGGCUUUGGAGAAAGCAUUGGCUGAAAAUGAGGACUUCGAUGGUAUUGCUCCGUCACCGCAGUUGCCGAUUGUGGCUGAUUCUCCUGUACAUCUUAAUGAACCAUUUAUAAUCAAGAUAGAUCCCUCUCAAGAUAAUCACGAGAAGUAGACCUCUUGUUAAUGUAAAUUCUUUUGACUAAUCUAUUUUUAUAGAAUAUACCUCUCCAAUGUUCUUGUCAUCAUCACCAUCUGAUAAUGGUUGAUAGAUAUUCUUCACUUGUACAGUCUGAUAAUGUUACACAAUACACACCAUUUCGACUUUGGAGAGCAUGAGGUAUAUUUCAUGGAUAGCAAUCAGUUUUGUACUUCACAGAAAAAAACCCUAUCAGUCAAAUUCAUAAAUGAACUAGUUUUAGUCUUUCCAUGUAAAUGUUGCUCCACUC